AUGGGGAAGCUGCUCCUGCUCCUUGUUUUGGUUAUACCAUUGGGAUCAGGACAAAACAGCAGCCUGAAAAUUAACACAAACCUGAAGGACAUCGAAGCUGGGUCUGUGGCCGUGGCCCUGCCCUCCAUCCAGGGUCCCGGGAACAUCUGCAUCCGCGAGGAGCCCUACGUGGAGCAUGUCCAGGUGCCCGAGAUGCAGCCGGUGCGCGUGCGCACCUCCAGUUGGUGCAUGGAGAUCCCGCCGCGGUGCGCCACCUACAAGACGGAAAUGCGCGAGGUGAUGAGGGUCCAGAAAUUGAACAAGACCCGAACAGUUCGCUUUUGCUGCCAGGGCUACGAGGGAAAUCUAUCCGACAGCCAAGCCACCUGUAAACCCAUUUGCCGGGGCGGCUGUGGGCGUGGCAGUUGCGUAAUGCCCGACAUUUGCAGCUGCGAAGAGGGAUAUAUUGGCAAACACUGCACACAGCGUUGUGAUCAUGAUCGCUGGGGCUUGGACUGCAAGAAUCUCUGUCAAUGCCAAAAUGGAGCGGCCUGCGACAACAAAUCGGGAUUAUGCCACUGCAUAGCUGGUUGGACGGGACAGUUUUGCGAACUGCCCUGUCCCCAGGGAACCCAUGGCAUUAUGUGCCGCAAGGCCUGCGAUUGCGAUGAGAAGCCUUGCCAUCCACAAACAGGUGCCUGCAUCCUACAGGAUCAUCCGCUUGAGUUGAAUGUAAGCCAUGUCAUCGUGGAGACGGUCAACUCCACGCUGGAGAAGAUGGGCAUUAUACCAAGAGCGACCACGCCUCCUACGCCCCUGCCGGAGGUCAUAGUGAUCAAACAGCCCGUCGUUGGCCAUGAGAACAGUCAGCAGUCGCCGAAGAUCAUUGUUCACCAGUCGGGCAGCGAGCUCCUCGAGAAUCUCCAUUCGGCCGCAGCCGCCGGAGUUCCUACUCCCGAGGUUAUCCACGUCAUCACCAAUGGGAUAACCUCGCCGCAGGAACAUCUAGCAGGAUUCGUGGGCGGUGACUCCAAUACAAGCCAGGCAUCGGCAGCGGAUCAUCAGUCCGGUUUGGUGACCACACUAGUCAGCAUAAUGCUGCUCCUGCUCAUCGCCAUUGCGGUGGGCUCACUCUACGUGUAUCGUCGGUAUCACCAUAAAAACUCAGCCGUUUACAAUGCCAAUGGGACAGUGACCACGUUGCCUGCGAAUCCGGAAGUGGUGCUUACCGAGGCCGCGGCCCUGGGGAAGAACUUUCACGAACCACUACCCGAGCCACCGGUGGUCUUUGCGGUCACGCCCCACUCGAACGAGGUACAACCAGAAUUAUAUGACACGCCGAGUAACAACUCUUCGAUUAAAACACCGCCCUACGCUUAUGCUAGAAAGGAAUCCCUGUACUCGAUGGUCUCGCCAAAAUCUCGCAAAGGCAGCCUGGACUCGCAUUUGUAUGAUGAGAUCCGCUACCACCAGCAGCACCACCACCACCACCAGCACCACCCACGGAACCACCAACACGUCCAGCACUCCACAACUGCCUCCGCUUUUUUGCCAGCCAGGCCGCCAGUGAUGCCCAGUAAUGACCAGUUCUCCAGUGGGGGCCUUCAUCCCCACCAACGAUCGCACCAUGUCACCCACCUGAUAAUCCCCCCACAAAACUCCAACUUCUUGCAGGUUCCUGCCCAAAUCACAGCCAAAAGGAUUGCCCACCUGUGAGGAGGAUCAGAAAUAUUAAGCCCACGGUCUUGAAUUUAUUAAAUAUUUUAGUGAGUUGCCGAAAAAUUAGGUUCCCUGUAGAUAUUAAAAAAAGUAUAACUUGUGGUAACUUUUACGUGUUGUACAGAUCUUUUUAAAUGGAUAUACAUUUAUUACAUUUUCCCAUAAAAAUUAUUUUAAAUGUUUCUUUAACUGCUUAUUUUCUCAGCUAUUACAAUGCAUUAAAAUAAUAAGUAUAUUUUACUGGUAAUCUUUCUUAUAUUCAUAACUAUAAAUUAUCAGAAAAUAUUUAAGAAAAGAAGCAAGAAGCUUAUUCAUACGAAAUUCGUAUGCACAGUGAGAACUGGGUAGUUGAAAAUGCAACGGAUUUGGAUUCGACUCCACCAGAAUUAUUAAAAUAAACUCAUAUGGGAAUCAUUAACGAUAAGAUUUAAACAGAAAAUAUG